UGACCCUAAUUUCCCCUCCGUGUCCGUCCAACAGAGACAUGGAGACGGUGCUGCGAGAAGACCGUGAGGCCUUGAGGAGCAUGCAGAAACACCAGCCACGCUUCACUGAGGACCAGAAGAGGGAGCUGAGCCAGGUGCAUCCCUGGAUCCGCACAGGACGGCUGCCGCGAGCCAUCAACAUCUCUGGCUGCACAGGCUGUAAGUCUCACCCAUCUGUCCCGACCGCCGCGCCGUUCGACGUGGAGAUCCACGAGAUGGAGCUGUGCAGCGUGCUGAAAGCCGGCAAGGGGAAGGAGAACUUGUUAGAGACGGCCAUGGACGAAGCUCACCCAGAGGACGACGAGGAGGAGACGGAGGAGAAAGAAACCGAAACACAAGACGCCAACCAAGACAUGACGGCGGAGGAGCCGUGCGAAACCUCCGAGGACGUGAAGGAAAAGUCUCACAUGACUCACUAAACCGGCGGCCAAAGACGAAAAACACUCUGAUGACAGUUUCUCGCUGACAUGCGGAGAAAUGUGCACCUUCCAGGACUUCCUGUGCCCGAAACAGUCGUUAAAAUGGGACGUUAAAAAAGGUGCAUAUUGAUCGAGACAACUUCCAUUCGACAGGUCAGGCGGGACGCUUGUCCACUGUCCGUGAAGUCUGACUUUUGACGCCCAGGCGUGUUGCAUUCUGCACAUCGAAACGCCUCGGAAACCACACGGGACGCGCACGCUCGGGUUUUUAGAGCGUGGGUUCCUGGUUCUCGUAGUCGUCGGCGUAUUUAUUUAAAAGUUGUAAGAUAAUCAGAGCGGACGAUGGUGAAUGUGUUACGAAGAAAAAAACAAAACAAAAAAGCGGCGCCUUUCACGUAAAGAUGGGUGUGCUUCACCACAGUGUCCUCCUCGACGUUUUCCCGCGGAGGAAAAAAAAAGGGAGUUUUAUCUUGAAUGUUUUACAGGUUGUUUUGGGGGAUUCCUCUCUUCAUCAAUUGUAAAAAGUUUGCCCACCACGAAUAAACGAAAAAAGCACCCUAAAAUGAUCAAUGAGAACCAGGUUAUUUUCUAAAUAAUGUGUAUAUUUUUAUAUUUCCGCCCACUGCAAAUAGAGAGGAUAAAUGCCCAAAAGAGUGUCCACUGUAAAAAGUGGGAAAAAAUGUGAAAAAGCAGGAUUAAAAGCUGAAAAAACAAUCGCUUUGAGAAGCUUUUGGUGACACUAACCUUCAGUCGAGGGGUGUACAGGUAACCGUGGCAAUCACCGGGAGACUUAAAGCGGCGUCUCCUCGGCCGGGCAUUAGUUUGUGCAUCGGUGUGGUCUCCCCACAGCGAAAAAUCUCACAAACAUCACUUACAGUAUUUCCUAAAAGCACCUUAAGGAGCCGAAACUCUGAGCUCUGCGUGCUCGCGAAGUGGAUUUUGAAAGAGGUCGGACGAAACUCUCUAAACAGUCUGGAGAGAUUUUUUUGGGGAGUGUUGACUAUCUUUUCCUCUCUGUCCCUUUGGCUCUUUCUUCCUUCUCUGUGGCACUGUUCUGGUCAUGUGAUAUCCUAUGCUUUAUGGCGUCAGUGGUGUCUGCAACAGUUUCUAAAUAUUUUUGUGAAAAUUCUUUGUACAAAAAAAGACAAUAAAAUGACUUGAAAAGC